AUGUCGAGCGCGUUGAGCGCGCGCGCGCGCGUGUCGGGACGACGCGCGGUGGUGCCGCGCGGUGGUGACACGCGCGCGCGAUGCGUGACGCGCGCGCGGGGUGGGGUUGUCGUGCGAGCGGCGGUGGAUGCGCCGAUCGUGCGCAUCGGGACGCGAGGGUCGCCGUUGGCGCUCGCGCAGGCGUACAUGACGCGUGAUUUGCUCAAGGAGAAUUUCCCGGAGCUCGCGGAGGAUGGGGCGCUGGAGAUUUGCAUUAUCAAGACGACCGGGGAUAAGGUUUUGGACCAGCCGCUGGCGGAUAUCGGUGGGAAGGGUUUGUUCACGCGCGAGCUGGACGACGCUCUGCUCGACGGACGCAUCGACAUCGCGGUGCACUCGAUGAAGGAUGUACCCACGUACUUGCCGGAAGGGAUGGUGUUACCGUGCAUGUUACCGCGCGAAGACGUGAGAGACGCGUUCUUGUGCCUCAAGUACGAUUCCUUGGAUGACUUGCCGGAGGGCGCCGUCGUCGGUACGGCGUCGCUUCGCCGCCAGUCGCAGCUCCUGUACAAGUACCCGACUCUCAAGUGCGUGAACUUUAGAGGUAACGUGCAAUCGCGCAUUCGUAAGCUCAAGGAGGAAGUCGUAGACUGCACCUUGCUCGCCAUCGCGGGCUUGAAGCGCAUGGACUUGGCGCAACACGCCAAGCUCAUCAUCCCGACGGAGCAAAUGUUGCCCGCCGUCGCGCAAGGCGCCAUCGGCAUCACGUGCCGCGGCGGCGACGACAAGCAGCUCGCCUUUUUGGCCAAGCUCAACCACGAGGAUACGCGCAUGGCGGUUGAAGGCGAGCGCGCCUUCUUGGCCGCCCUCGAUGGCUCUUGCCGCACCCCGAUCGCGGCGCACUGCCACAACGUUGAUGGCAAGAUGCAAUUUCGCGGUUUGAUCGCCUCCUUGGACGGCAAGGAAGUCCUCGAGACCACUCGUGAGGGUGCUUGGGAUGCCGCCAGUCUCUUGGCCGCCGGCACCGACGCCGGCGCCGAGCUCAAGGGCAAGGCCCCGGCUGACUUCUUCGCCAACCUCCUCGAAAACGGUGGAGGCUGGUAA